AUGGCUGACAAGACGCCGAAAGAGUCCAAUGCCCGUUUUGCAACCAGGAUAGACCCGACGAAGGAAAGUCUUUCUCCAGAGCAGCUGCACUUCAUCCGACAGGUAGAGCUCGAACAGUGGAAGAAGAAAACGCAGCAGCUGCGGACACGAAACGUUGUGACGGGACUGGCUAUCGGAGCGCUGGUUCUGGGAAUCUGUAUCCUUGCCCUGCGCACUAACGUCAACGCAAGGUGAACUAUGUAACGUUAGCUUAGCAUGCUAAACUUAGGCAAUGGUUGAGCUUUUAAAAACCUAAUGUAAGAACGCGAGGUUAGUGUAUCUUCGUAAGUUUGAAACACAGUUGACAGUAGUCUUAUCUGAUCUUUUGACGCGCUUAGCUGCCAAAACGCGGAGUGAUAUGCGAAGUCAGAUGCUAGCAUGCUAGCAUGUUUAUCCAGGAAGCGCUUUGACUGUAUUGGGGAGUGAUAAUUAUCACAUUCUUGUGUGUAACAAGCUAAAUAGCAGCCAUUUUCAAGAUUCAAAGCCAAAGUUGAUUCCAUCUGUAAAGCCGAGUUUAAUAGAACUAUACUUUUGUCAUACAGUAUGUUUUCCUGUUAGAUAACUGCAUUAAUAUUACACAAUGUCACACAAUAGUUUUAAUUAAACUAGUCCGCCAUGAGACAAGGAAGCUUUGAGCUAACCUGCAUUUCUGUCACCUCUGUAUUUAUAAGCUCCUCAGUUCAGAAGAAUGGGCAGGUCUGCUAUUUGAGGUGGUAAUCUUUACACACAACAUUAUAUGGUCACUGGAAUAUCACGGUAGGGGAGAGUGGGGUAAGCUGAGCCAAAGGGUAAGUUGAGCCACCCCCUGCUGCUUGGAAAUGAUAAAAGAAAUUGAUCAUGUGACAAAAUAUUUAGGAGAUGGGCAUCAAUUCAUGGAGUCUGUGAAGGUUAGAAGCGCAUGGAAUGCACAACAUCUUGAAAUAUAUGCAGAUACACUAGUUAGAGACAAAGCUAUGAUUACCUUUAUGAAAAAUGUCUCAUCUUAGCCCACUCUCCCCUACUACCUCUCUUCUUGUCAUAUAUUUGCCUUGACCCUACACUCCCCUCCCAGAUGGCUAUACUUUUUACUCAGUCUCCCAGGAGCGGAUUAUGGAUGAAAUGGAUGAAGAGGCCAAGCUCCAAAGAACACAGGGACCAAAGACUGGUGCCAACUGA